GAAGGACGAUGGGAACCUUAUUGUUGUUAUUACUCAUUGCUUUGACACAAGCUGAGACGAACACCGGAAGCUGUAAAGACAUGCUACAGGGUUAUCUAACAGGACAACUGUCUUCUACUCUAGGAGCGUACCAAGUAGAAGCUUUGAGGCGGGAAUUCAAAAGUUUCACUGAUGUCAUAGAAAAAUCCAUGAAGGAGUUUAAGGAAAACAUUACUUCUAGAGUAAAGACACACACUUGCAACAGUAGUGUAGUUUACACCAGAUGGGGAAAGAAAACGUGCCCUUCCAAUGCCGAUCUUGUCUAUUCAGGGUAUACUGGAGGCUCUCAUUAUUCUCAUAAAGGAGCAGCAGUAGAACCUCUUUGUUUACCGAGGAAUCCAGAAUGGGGGAUGUACACUGGUGGUUAUGAUGGAUUAAAAAAUUACGUCUAUGGUGCAGAAUAUAAAACUAAAACUUUUACAGGUUAUAUUCAAACAAUUCAUGAUCAUGAUGUCCCAUGCGCUGUUUGUCUUGUUCGCCAAAGAACAGUUGCUCAGAUGUUUCCAGCAAGAAAAACCUGUUUCAAAGGCUGGACACUUGAGUAUCAUGGUUAUCUUAUGGCGGGUCAUUAUACCCAUGAAGCUGGAACAACAUACACCUGUAUUGAUAGUCAUCCCGACACUCUACACGGGGGCUCUACAAGUAAAGAUGGUAAAGUUUUUUACCUAGUAGAGGCUUUGUGUGGUUCCUUGAAGUGUCCACCUUAUGUUGAAGGAAGAGAAUUGGUUUGUGCUGUUUGUUCUAAAGAAUAA